AUGUUUUCGCUGACGCACCGAAUACGAAAAGAGACUGGGGGAGUGGAAGAAUCAGGAGCUGCGGCAGGGGGAGAAACGCGGGGUGCGACAAUGGGAGGCGGCUAUGGACAAAUGCACGGUGAUAUUUUCCAUUCGAGUCCGUUACAACAUUCAUAUUCAUAUAGCAGCAGUUUUGUCUCGCCUCUGCAGGAUGCAUCGCGUUUCCGGAAUAUACAAUCUGUGCCACCAACUGUUCGAGACAUUGUGCGAUUAAAGACACUCGAUGAGGAGAAGGAGGAGGAUAAUGAUCAGAACAUUAUCAAUUCUUGUAUUAUCGAGGAGCCCGUUGAGAAAUUGCAGAAACCUUGUGGACCAUUGUUGAGCGAGAUUGAUGAUCUUGUUAUUCAAGAAGCUCUAAUUGUCAAGGAUAUCUUUUUUGUUUUAUUAGGAUACGAGGGUAAUUAUAUACACUACAGCAGGAGCUAUGAUCCGUACUCUCUAGACUCCAGCAUACAAGGUCCCGAUUUCAAGUUUGCCAAAAAUUUGGAUAUCAGCUUGAAAAACAUUGCUAGAAAAGUGAGCCAUGUGGGGAAACAUUAUAGCGGUUUACGCGCAUUUAUACACCUUUAUGACAAUGAGCUACAUGGCAAGAUUGUCCAAGCGUUUUGUCAAGCAGUAAGCGAAUGUUUUGAACUGUAUUAUAUUGUACUACUAGACUUGGAAAAAGGGUUUUUGUUUAGCAACAAGUUCAAUACCAAUAUCUUGGAUCAAGUGUUGGAUGAACAAAUAGCCAAUAAGCUAGAUCAUCUAUAUCACAUUGCAUUAUCGAUUUGCACAAUGGAUCGGAAGCGAGCGACGACAAUUUUGGCAUCAGAUGACCUGCCUGGAUUCGAACUCGGACUCGAACUCGAACUCGAACCUGAACUCAACACCAGCACCGUUGGAGCCGCCGAAUCAAAUAUUUAUACCGAAAAGGCCAAGAUAUGCAAAGGAGGACUAGUACUUAAAAUCAUCCAGGAUAGAAUGGCAGUAUACAAAGGAGAUCUGAGCUCGUACAAGUUUUUAGCAGGUCUCUUUGAUUCGGUGAGUAUAGACUAUGUGGCCAUGCUCAAUAGGUGGCUAGUAGAGGGGCUUAUUGAUGAUCCAUUUGACGAGUUUAUGAUACGUAUUGCAAAGUUAUCUAGUAAAGUGGAAGCGCAGUUUCGAACCAAAAGUGAGUUUUACUGGAGUGAGCUAUUUUUGAUCAAAAAGGACGGAUUGUUGGAUCAGUUUAAGAACUUCAAAAUCCAGCAAAAGAUAUUGAAUACAGGAAAGUAUUUGAGCAUCUUCAAAAUGUGCACUGGGCUACAAAAUUUCCAAUCCUUAAACGAAACGUUUCAGCUUGUAGAUAGCUUGAGUGCUUCAGACUUGGAACUCAAGAUUGAUAAGUUUUAUGAGAGGGCCAACAAAAUGCUAAUCAAGCUCUUGUUUGAAGGUUACAAGCUUGGAAAUUUAAUUGCAGCUUAUCAAACUUCUUUUUUACUCGACAACUCCUUUAAUGUAGAUUCAUUUUUGGACACUGCAUAUCUGGAGUUAAAGCGGAACAAAUACAAAACUGCAAAAACAGCUUUACAAAGACAAUACAACGAAGUUUUCAAGGAUUUCAAAGGAAAAAUGGAGACGGAGACAAGUGUUGGUACACAAACCAAUCUCUUUGGGGUAAUUAAAAAAAAUCAAAAUUUCAGAAUAGCCAUUGAAAAUUUAUAUAAUGUGAUUGAUGAACUUAUGGCGGAGAGGGACUUUACGAUGAUAAAUAAUAAUGACCAUUAUAAUUACAAAGAAGCUAGUAACAAUGCGAGAGAAGUAAUCGAGGCUAUUACAAGCAACACAAAACUGCGAGGGCACAAUGAUAGUAUAGAUGAAUCUGCUUUCUUGAGUGUUGACUUGAGCGUACCGUUACCGUUUCCAUUGAAUCUUGUUAUGGUGCGACAGACUUCUUAUCAAUACGAAAUCAUGUUUAAAUUUUUGUUUAUGCUUAAAUUUGUAUCUAAACAAGGUGAUAUAAGCUGGCGAGAAUUGAAAAGUUCAAAAGUCUGGAUAAAUAGGUCAUUUUCACCAAAAGCGCAAAAAUGGAUUCUACGCUGCCGCAACUUGCAUUCGCGAAUCAGAGCAUUUGUAAAUGAGGUGCAAAGCUACAUUGCAUACGAUGUAAUUGAUUUUAACUAUGCAAAACUUCAAAGUUCAUUAAACCAGUUUGAAGAGAGAAGUUUUUAUGCAUUACCAAAUUAUUCAAAUGACCAUGAUACCUUUCAAGUAUUUAAACUGAACUUACGAGGAGCUAACAAUAGCAGUAAUUCAAUUUUUGACGCAAGAAUUGAUGAACGGAAUUUGAACUUGAGUGCACAACACGAAGAAAAUUCUUUUACGGUCACCGGGCUAACGCGAAGUCUACAGCGUUAUACUACCACGCUCUUGAACGAUUCGUUAUUAACACGUCCUGAAACAAUGAAGUGCGCAAAGGAGAUGUUCAAUUUCAUAAGUCUAUUUCACAAUUACACUAUGCAGAUGAAAAGAACCCUUAUUUUGAUUAAUCACGAUUUGCAAAAGAAAUUUGUUUUGAAAACCCCGGAGAAAUUUGAUAAACCAAUGGACGACGCGCUGGUGAAUAGGAGAUUCGAUUACAUGGAGGAAAGCUUCUUUGUACGUUACCAGCAGUUUGGAGAGCUUCUAGGUAAUUUUUUACAAACGAUAAAAACAGUUGGCGAGAAUGAAAAUAGAAAACUUUUGGAUCUUAGUGACCGGUUAGAGGCAUGCUUCCCCGAAUGA